AUACAUCUUACCUUACUCUUCUCUCUUGCUCAAUAACAUAUUUUCAAAUAAAUGUAUUUAUAUGUAUUAUAUUUAUUGUGGUAUUUUUAAUUUAUAAAAUUAUAACAUAAUUUUGUCUUAAAUAUGAACAAUAUAUCAUACUCAAUAUUAACCAAAGAAAAAAUGAAGAUUGGAGAUGACGGAACGUUUAGGAGAUCUCAAUCAUUUGAUAUCCAUCAACAAUAUGAUGCAUUUUCAUUAGAUGGGAUUAAAGAACAUUUAUGUCCUAUAGAUCGUUUACAAACUCUACAUACCAACUUACAUCAAAAAAUGGAUCCUAAUAAAGAAACAUUACUAAAAUUAAAUCCCUAUUUAAUUUUGGAUACUGAUCCUACAUUGGAUAAUUUAAACUAUUCAAAUGCAUUGUCUAAAUCUCCUCAUCCAUUAGGAACUGUACCAGAAAAUUGUGUUUGCACUGUAUCUAAUAUACAUAUGAAUACAAUAAAAAGAUCUCAAUCAUUUGAUAGCCAUCAACAAAUUAAUGCAUUGUCAUCAGAUGAGAUUAAAGAACAGUUACGUCCUAUGAAUAAUUUACAAACUCUACGUACCAAUUUACAUAAAAAAAUGGAUCAUAGUAAAGAUAGACUACUAAAAAUAAGUCCCUAUUCAAUUUUAGAUACUGCUCCUACAUUGGAAAAUUUAAGCUACUCAAAUGCAAUAUCCAAAUCUCCGGAUUCAUUAAGAAACAAAACGGAAGAUUAUACAACACAGUCUAUGUAUGAAAUAGAAAAGAAUGAUACAUGCAACAAUGUUUUUCAAUAUCAUAAUAAUUUUGGACAAUGGGAAAAAAACGAGAACUGUACAAAUCAAGAUGAGUUAAAAAAUAUUGAUCAAUUUAAUUAUACAUUAAUUAAAAAGAACAUAAAGAUUAGACAAGCCCCUGUUCAUUGCCAGGAAAAGAUAAUACCAACGGUUUCUCCUAAGACUCUUAUUUCUACAAAUUGUAUGCAAAAGAUAGAAUGCUCAUCUUUAACCAUAAAUAAUCAUUUGAAUAAUACAGAAUUAAAGAAUAAAGAUUUUGUGGACAUUCCAAAUCAGAAAACACUUGUCAACCAUGUACAAAUAGCAACACUUAUGCCAGUAAAAUCAAAAGAAACAUUUAAACCAAUAAAAAAUAUUGAAGAUACUCCUAAGGCAAAAGAAGACAAACAAAUAAGUCUAAAAUCAGAACCAAUAAUUAAUAGUGAUAUCAAUGAAAAAGAAAAAUUAUCCGAUAAGAAUAGUAAAAUAUUAACUGCUCAAAUUGGAAACAUAACUGAUAAUAUAAAUAACACAUCUGUGCUACUUACUAAAUUAUUAAAGACACGCGAGAACUUAAAAUUUAAAAAUACUAAAAAAUACUUAGAACUUCCAAUAGUGCAAACACUUAACAAAAGUAUAAUGGAACAAGAUUUUUUGACUGAUGAACCAAAUAAAUUAACUUUUGACCAUUUGUUUUCUGGUAAUCAAAAACAAAAAGAUAAUUUUGAAUAUCAUUCAGCCUUAAGACCUAGUUUAUUUUCUAAUAUUCCACCAUACAUAAGAUUUUCUUCGUAUGAUAUUAAAGGUGAAUCAUUCCCAUUAUCUCUGCAAAAGUUAUUAAAAUGGAAACUAAGUUCAAUAACUCCAAUUGUUGUACGUCGUACUGUACAAAAUAGUGGUUUUAAACUCGUUAGAAAAUCUAAUGAUUGGGUUGGAACUUGGGGUAAACAUAUGAAAUCAUUAAGUUUCAAAACACUUUGGCAACAGCAAAAAGUUAACCAUUUUCCGGGUACUUUUCAAAUUGGUCGCAAAGAUAGGUUGUGGAAAAACUUGAAUGCAUUAAUCUUAAAGUAUGGUAAAAAAGAAUUUGGCUUCAUACCCACAUCAUAUAUAUUACCUCAAGAAGCUGAAAUGUUACAACAAGUUUGGGAGAAAAAUGAUGAAGAUAAAUGGAUUAUUAAACCGCCUGCAUCCGCUAGAGGAACUGGAAUUUGCGUUAUAUCAAAAUGGGAUCAAAUACCAAAGAAUAUACCUUUAGUUGUACAAAGGUAUAUAGAUAAUCCAUAUUUAAUCAAUGAUACUAAAUUUGAUUUAAGACUCUAUAUACUCAUUACUUCAGUCAAUCCACUUUGUCUAUAUCUGUAUGAUAAUGGGCUUGUACGAUUUGCUUCAGUCAAGUAUUCAUCUGAUCUUACCACUAUAUGUGAUCGAUAUAUGCACUUGACAAACUAUAGUAUUAACAGACUUAGUAGUCAGUUUACUGAAAAUGAAGACGCUAAUGCAUGUCAAGGUCAUAAAUGGACAUUACGAUCAUUAUGGACAUAUAUGGAGAAAGAACGCCAAAUUGAUGUUAAACAAUUGUGGAAGAGCUUAGAAGAUCUGGUUGUGAAAACUGUCAUUAGUGGUGAAUCACCUGUGAGUCAAAUGUGUCGUUCAAAUUUAAGCAAUAGGUAUAACGCAUAUGAGUUAUUUGGAAUAGAUGUUUUGUUUGAUGAAUAUCUUAAACCUUGGAUAUUAGAGGUCAAUAUAUCUCCUUCAUUACAUUCAUCUUCCCCACUUGACUUGGCUGUCAAAGGACCAUUAGUCAGAGAUUUAAUGAAUAUGGUUGGUUAUCAUAUCCCAAAUAAAAUGUCAUAUAGUACUCAUAAUGCUUUACUCAAUAUGUUGGGAGUCAAAUCACCACUAUGUUAUGAUAAGAGAUUAUAUACAUUAAAUUUAUCUGCUAAAGAAAAAGAAAAACAAGAAUAUUUUACAAAUAUUAAAUCCAGAGUAGAAUAUAUUGAUAGCAUAUUAGAUGAUUUAUUACCAGAUGAUAUUCGGCAUCUUAUUUUGUAUGAAGAUGAACUUACACAAUGUGGCUCAUUUAAAAAAGUUUUUCCAUCUACUUCAUCUUUUGAAUAUCAUCAAUACUUUGAUGGAUCUAGAUAUUAUAAUAUGCUUUUUGAUGCAUGGGAAUGUAAAUAUAGUAACAAUAGAAAAGAUGGUAUUGCUGUGCUAGAAAAGUUAUGUCAAUUAAAAAUUCACCUGGAAGUACCAGAUAUUGAUAUAGAACAACCAAAAGUAACAGUUAUAAAGAUAUAAAUGUCAAUAUUCGCA